CCCGCAGCACUCCGCUCCUCCUUACAAGCAGAAACGGCAGCGGGCUGCCAACCGCGGGACGCGGCGCCGCAGGGACCGCGGGAGCUUCAGCAACAGCGGCCGGCCGCGCGCGGGUGAAGUUUCAGUAUCUUCAUGUCAAUGAAGAGCAGGAUACCUCUCAUUCUUCUAGCUUGUGGCUCCUUUAACCCCAUCACAAAUAUGCAUAUGCGUUUAUUUGAGCUGGCUAGAGAUCACCUGCAUCAAACAGGAAGAUACCAAGUGAUUGAAGGCAUAAUGUCUCCUGUCAAUGAUGCCUAUGGAAAGAAAGGCUUGGUUUCAGCAAGGCAUCGGAUAGCAAUGGCCAAAUUAGCACUGGAGACAUCUGAUUGGAUUCGAGUUGAUCCAUGGGAGACUGAGCAGGAGUCAUGGACAGAGACAGUAAAAGUGUUAAGGCACCAUUACAAUGAGUCAGUCAGACUGCUCCAGUCCAAGAAGGAAUUUGUGAAAAACAAACAGCCCACAGAAAGAUCUACAGGAAAUUUCAUUUCUUCCCAGUGCUCAGUUACACCGGAACUAAAGCUGCUCUGUGGGGCUGAUUUUCUACAUACGUUUCAGACACCCAAUCUCUGGAAGAAAGAGCACAUCCAAGAAAUCUUAGAACAGUUUGGUUUGGUCUGUAUAAGCCGUGCUGGCUCUGAUCCUGCUCAGUACAUCAAUGAAUCAGAACUUCUAACUAAAUUUCAGCACAAUAUCUUUCUAGUGAAAGAAUGGAUUCAGAAUGAAAUCAGUUCAACACAGAUACGCCACGCCUUGUGCAGAGGAUUAAGUGUAAAAUACCUCAUACCAGAUUCUGUCAUAGCCUACAUUGCUUACCAUAAUAUCUACACUGAAGAAAGUGAGCGGAAGAAUGAAGGUGACUUGCUUCAGCCUCUGAAGUUGCAUAACACAGCGCAAGGAAGAGAGCUGCUUACUGCAAAGUGAAUAGAGAUCUUCAGGCUUUCAAACUUAAAAGGGUGUAAGAAGACAGCCUAAUUUCUUCUGUACUUUUGUGUUUGUACACAAAGGUAAAGCAAUAAUGCUUUUUGAAUCUCUUAUAAAGCAAAUGUUCCCUUGCUCCCUGCAGGUCAUGUUAGUUAGGUACCUUUAUAUUGCCAACACAGAUUUCUGUUAUAUGAUAGAUACUUUCUGCUAAAAUCCCAAACCUGUGGCAUUUCAAUAUCUUUGUAGAUAAGAAUUUUCUCUCCUAGUCUAGCGGGAUUUGUUGCUUACGUAUGUCUUAUAUUGUUUGAUUCUAACUUUUGGAAGCACUGGAUGCAAUAUACAAGUAAUUUGUUUGAGUUGCUUGCUUCAAGUUGGUGAUUGCUCUUAUCCUUAUGUAGAGGAAAUGCUAAGUCAGAGCCUGAAACAAUGAUUGAGCACCUGAAAAGAGAGGCAGGUGCAUGCAAUGUACCUGAGCGACCAGAAGAAUGGAGCCAGGAUCCACCCCUUUCCAGACUUCAUUUAAGGGUUGGCAGUAGAGGUGAGGCAUUUCUUGCUAGAGAUCCUUGCCUACCUGAGGCUUUCCAAAGGUGAGCAGCUCUUUUCCUUCAUUUCUGCAUUUGCAGCUGCUGCACGUGGGUCUGUUGUCAUUUGCUGCAUCCUAAGACUUUGCCACCCUGCUAUAAUCGCAGCACUUUCCAUCCCAUUAUAGCUUUACACCUUAAAACAGAAUGCAGUUUUUUUUAGCUUUAAGAGUUUCUUGUUUUCAAUCACUUACUAGUAUUAUUUAAAAAAUAUAU